GGCGUCCCGUGUAUCAACAUAAGAUAAAAAAAAACACAGACACGAAUCAGGAAACAAAUCUUAAUAUGAGUUUUAAAUAUUGAUCAGUACAUGACUAAGAUUACAGACGGUGGAGAUAAUGAUCCAAAGAAUUCUCUUGUUAGCGUUGCUUCUUCAUGUUCGUGCUAUUUAUGGGGUUUCGAAGAAGAGUAGAGUGUUUUUGCUAUCUUUGGAUGGGUUUAUAGCUGAUUUUUAUAAGCAUAGUCAAAACAUGCCGAACCUUGAGAGACUAGCUAGGCAAGGGGUUCGAGCUACACGAUUGAUACCCUCAUUUCCGCCAGAUACAUUUCCCUCAAUGACGUCGCUUAUUACGGGUUUAUACACAGAAUCACAUGGUAUUAUAGCAAACAAAUUUUACCAUGUACAAUACGACGAAAAAUUUAGCUAUGUAGAUGAUCCUGCUAGCUGGGAAAGGAAUGGAAAAUUUUACACUCAGGAGCCUGUUUGGUUGACCAAUCAAAAACAAGGAGGAUCGAGUGCCGUGUAUUAUUGGCCUGGAUAUUGUGCUUACUCAGAGAAACCAACCUAUCUUAACCAUCCUAUUUCAGCCAGAAGUAGCCUGGAGAAAGGGAGAAGGAGCAUUGAUGAAAUAAACAUGCUUCUCGAUAAUGAUCCCGAUUUAAACCUUGUAGCAUUAUGGGUGGAUUCUCCUGAUUGGGCUGGUCAUCGGUAUGGUAGACAUUCAAAGGAGUAUGCGAAAGAAUUGGAACGUGUCGAUAAAGAAAUUAUAGGAUAUCUUAUGGAUAAAUUAAAGGAUAAACCAGACAUCAACCUCAUAUUGGUCAGUGAUCACGGUAUCAUUGAUGGAAAUGGCAACUCCACUAAAACAAAAGCGAGGUUCUUGGAAGACUAUCUACGUAAGGAUUCGUACAAGUUAAUAUUUGGUGGUCCGUCUUGUGCAUUAUGGCCAGCUAAUGGAGCAAAAACAGAAGAGCUUUUACAAAGAUUAAUGGUCCUAAAUCACACUGGUCAUUAUAGAGUCUACAGAAAGCAAGAUAUUCCUGAAUAUUUACAUUACAAGCACAACAAAAAUACUGCACCAAUUCUCGUUCUUUCGGAAGCUGGUUGGCUCUUAAAAGAAAAAAGGAAGCCUGGUAGAUGGUACGGUGGAUCACAUGGCUAUGAUGUCAGUUACGAAGGAAUGGGUACUCUCUUUGCAGCGCAUGGCCCAGCUUUCAAGCAUGGGUUACUAUUGGAUGCCUUUGAAAGUGUAAAUGUUGUCCCACUUGUGGCUCAUCUGCUUGGUAUAAAAGCUAGACCAAAUAAUGGAACGCUUAAGCCCUUUCAAGAGGCACUUUCGAACGAUUUCUCAGUUCAGGCAGCUUCCAUACUGUCAGCUAUUAGUGUUACACAUCCGUGUGGUACUGAAAAAAUUUAUGGUGCAAUACGGUUUUAUCAGAAGUCUGCCAAUGAAGUAGGAGUGCAUGUGAAAUUGAUCACUGGUAAAAUAUUUACGCGUUAUCGUGUUGAAAUCCACGAAUCAGGAGACGUACACACAAUGGGUUGUUUCGGAUCCCGCAGCACUUUGUCGACCUUAAGUUUUUUAGAUGUUACAACAUCAGAAAGGGUUCCUUAUGUCACGACUGAUAGACAAGGUCGCGUCAAUAAAAUGACAUUCCUAACAGGACAUUCAUUAUCCUAUGGUAAAAAUUCCAUUAUUGGUCGUUCUGUAGUGAUUCAAAGUAAUACCCGGAUUCCGACGGAAGAGGGCAUGAUUUCAUGCGGAGAGAUAGCUAGAGUGUAAAAAAAGGGUAAAAAAUUUCCUCGGAAAAAGAGCAUUUCCGCAUUGGAAAUAUUGGUGACUCACAACGACGUGCUAAUAAGUGAUUAGUAGGGAAAGGAGAAUGUUUCAUUACCGUCAAGUGCAAUAUUUACUGCAAGAUCUUUAACUGCUUUUAUAAACCAUUCAUUGUAAUGUCUAUAAAUUUAUUCUUCCUUAUAUAUACGUUCGAUUGUUACUAAUUUAUCAAUUGUAAGAACUUGCACACAAAAAAGACCUCGCAUUAUUGCGUGUUGUCCUAGUAA